AUGGCGGCAUGCAAGAUGAAUCGCCCUGGUGGCUCAAAUGGUCCAGUACUGCGGUACGUAGUCCCUGGUUACGUACCGGCGUUACGUAUCGGGCAAUACUGCCGUGUUAUCACCUCCCCACUCCCCCCAGCUCCCCAACCCCCCCUUCCUCCUCCAUCCCCCUCCCUCUCUUCCCCCCCUUUCCGCUUCCCCUCCCCUCCUCCUUUUCCCCAUGUCUCGCAUCAAAAUUCUCAUUCCACUCCCCCACUCCCGGAUUUCCCCGUUUCUCCGAACUCCCUUCCAACCCCGUCAUAUCCCGUUCCCCUUGCGCGCGCUCUUCCCACCCCCCCGGAUCCCCGUUCCCGCUUUCUCCGCUCCCCGCUUCCCCAGCCCCCCGGGUACGACCACCGCGCGCCCCAGUUGCAGGACCAGCGGAGCGACGGGGGAAGCCAGGGGCAGGGGUAUGGCGGGCGAUAUGACGACGAGCGGGGCAGCCGAUAUGGCUAUGACGACUAUGCUCGGAAGGGGUAUGGCGGGGGUAUGAGGGGGGGUAUGGCGAAGGGUAUGAGGCAGGGGUAUGGCGGGCGAUAUGACGACGAGCGGGGGAGCCGCUAUGGCUAUGACGACUAUGCGCGGAAGGAAGAGGAGGAGGAGUGGGAGGAGGAGAGGGCGGAACGCAUACGACGAGAGGAGGAGGAGGAGGAGGAGGAGGAGGAGGAGGAGGAGGAGGAGGAGGAGGAGGAGGAGGAGGAGGAGGAGGAGGAGGAGGAGGAGGAGGAGGAGGAGGAGGAGGAGAGAGCCCGCCAAAAGGCAGAGGAGGAGGCAGCAGCAGAGGCCGAAGCAGCAGCGGCAGCUGCAGCAGCGGCAGCAGCAGCAGCAUCGCCACCACCGGACCUGCUAUCCAUGGAAGAUGAUCUGCUGGGCCUCGGGACAGACGCAGGGCCGGGGGCUCUGGUGCUCUACAGUGCUCCUAAUGCGGAUGACCUCAUUUCCAAGGCGUUUCAGCAAGAGAUCAGCCUUCUGGACAUUGACACUAGCACGUCAGAGGCAUCUCUCCUGGAGAAGGUGAAUUCAGUGGCUCCAAAGCAGGCGAAUGGGGAGGUCGAUCUGCUGGCUCUGGUGGACGGACCUGUGCCCGCUGGUGCCGCUGCUGCUGCUGGAGGAGGAUUGGGAGGGGGGUUGGAUGCGACGAGUGGGGCGCUGGUGCUGGUGACACCCAUGAAGGGAUUCCACGCCACACCCACAAGGCACGGCAUAUGUGGUGCUUGUGAGCGGACUAUCGAUUCCGGGAGGUACCUGAUUGCUCUGAACCGUGACUGGCAUGCCGCCUGCUUCAAGUGCUGCCACUGCCGCCUGCCCAUCACUGAGAUGCAGUGCUCUGUGAAGGAAGGUGAUACUUACCACACCGAGUGCUACCGCCAGCUCUUCCACCCCAAAUGCUACGUCUGCGACACUUAUAUUGCCCCCAGCGAGUCUGGCAUGGUCGAAUAUCGCCUCAACGACCUGUGGCACGCCAAGCACUGCGCCAAGCACAGCCCAACCACGGAUGGCUCGCCCCUCUGUUCCGCCUGCACUCGCCUCCAGCCCACCACAUGCACAAUGGUGGACAUUGGCGGUAACCGCACGCUCUGCCCCGAUUGUAACACCUGCUCCUGGCCCUCCCCUCCUGGCUCCGCGCUCUCCGCCCUCACCUCCUCCUCCUCCUCCUCCUCGCUGGGGACUCUAGUAGUAGAGGCCUCUGAAUGUGCCCCUAUUUUUGCCUCUGUGCUGAGUUUCUUCGAGGAGGUUGGGUUGGGAGCGGUGCUGAGGGGUGCUGUGGGCGUGAUGGGCGACGAGCUCCCGGUGGUUACUGCUGACGUGGCGGCGUUACAAGCUGCUGCUGAGGGCGAGAGACAGGGUUCAUCUCGCCUGGCGGUGGUGCCUGGAGUGUGCCUCACUCAAGAAACCACCAUCCAAACAGUCGUACGAGCACCAGGGUCAACAGCAACGGCCUUUGCAGGCAUCUCGCAUGAAGCGAAGACACUGACGCAUGUCAACUCCACUGCCGUCUCGGGCAUUGUCAUUCUCUACGGCCUCCCAGCACCUCUAGCGGCGGCAGUCAUAGCCAAUCAGCUCAUGCAUGCAUGGUUCCUUCUCGAUGCGCCUGCUGUCACGAGCUAUGAGACAUGUAUGGACUUGGCUCUCACGAUACUGGGUGUGUUGAUCCUGGGCAGGGCACUGCAAUUACCAGCAGUACCUGCUCUCAACCCUCUCCUGGCCUCGCUCCCUCCUCCUUUCCCCACAGCGCUUCCCUCAGAGAUCGAGGAGGCCAUGUGCCAAGUCAUGGCGCACCUGUGGUUACAGCGUUACCAGCAGCAGCUCAAGAGCCCCUCUGCCUUCCAGUCUGGCUUCCUCGAGUUCUGCCUCACUCGCGUUGCCUCCGACCCCUCCCCUGCUCUGCUCGACUCGUUCCGCUCCGCCUACUCUGCUGUGGUCUUCAAGGGCCUGCUUGCCACCAUUCAAACACUCCGCAUGUCCAACACCCUCCCUGCUAUCUAG